CCCAUAGGGGAUGUAAAAAAUAAAAAAUAAAAAAAAGUUAGGGCAAGUUUCAGACGACACAAUCUGCUUCGACACUCCGCAGGGCGCAGCCUCCGCUAUCUCCUCAGGUGACAAGUUUUAAUUUUUUUCAUGGUUACUAGAUGCUCGUUACAAAGACAUGACGAGUAAGUUGAUGGCAGACAAGAGCACAAGGUUAACAAGGUUGGUAGAAGAAAGAGCAUUGUCAAAAAAGGGGAAAAAGAAGCAAAAGGAGAAUCUUGCACCCUAUCUUCCAAAAGAAUGCAUCUAUGAUAUCCUUGUGCAACUUCCUCCUGAAACGAUUCAUAGAUUGAGUUACGUUUGUAAGCCAUGGUAUAAGAUGGUUAACAGCUCUAUUUUCAUUGAUGACAACCUGAAUCGCUCUGAAACGGUUUUAAUCUUUCUUUUUUCUGUAAAAAAAAAUCAUAACCCUUAUUCUAAAACUAUAGUCCCUCAAGAAACAUCGAACACUUUCUCUGUUGAAGAUGGCCUAUUUCGAUCACAAUUCUUACCUUUAUUUCUGCAACAAAAUAUAGAGCCGAGCUCAGAUUUCUUCCAUAUACAAUCCAUGGAAAUAAAAGACGGCAAGAGCAAGAUACGAGAGUUUAAUGUGACUUGUUUGGGAGAAAUUAGAGCUACUUGCAAUGGUUUAAUUCUGCUUGAUAACAAAAUGAAAAGAGGAUUGAUUGUCCUGAAUCCUGUGACUAGGAAGCUGAUUGCACUUCCUUUAGGUACUAUGAUACAUCCUCCCCACGAGGAAUCAUACGGGUUAGUAUUAUGCAAAUCUACACGUCAAUAUAAAUUGAUACACUUAUUUGAGGAUGAAAUGCGAUACAUUGGUUGUGAAAUUUUAAUUCUUGGGGCAAGACCAUGGAGGAUGGUGGAUGGACCUCCUUUUGGACUUCUUAGAUGGUUGGGGUGCAACCCAGUUUCUGCAAUAGGAGCUUUGCAUUGGAUUCCUCACAUUGAUGGCAGUAAUUACCUAGUAUCUUUGAUAACGGAUGAUGAAAAAUUCCACCAGACAUCUCUCCCGAAAAGAUGUGGAACUCACGAUGGGAUUGUUGAAAUGGGUGGGCUUCUUUCUUUUAUGACUCAUGAAGAUACAUGCCAUAUUGAUAUUUGGAUCUUGAGUGGCUUAAAUGGGGAAGAUUGGAUAAAGCAACAUAGUAUCAUAGAAGGUUGCUCAAUGAAAAUGAUUCCACUUUAUUGUUCAAGAGUUAAGGGUGAAAUAGUUUUCGAGGACAAAGAUGGCUCUCUGUAUGCUUAUGAUUUCGAAAGUAUGAAAAAGAUUGACAUGGAAUGCAGAUUUCCGAUCAAGAGCUGCUACCCUCAUGUCAACAGCCUUGUGUCGUGGUAGAAUGAGGAAACUGAUCUGGAUGUGGAUUACUAGUGCAUCAUUUCCUUGAGUAUUGGUAAACACAAACCUUUCAUUUAGUGUUGGAACUCUUUUUCAUUUAAGUACCGAUUUCUUUUUCUUUUAAUAAAAGUGUUUAUAGUACACGUGUGUGUGCGUGUGUGUGUGUGUGUGUGUGUGUGUGUACUUGUGCAUUUUUAACAAGUGAACUGCUUAUGAUAUUUUACUAUUUACCAUUUCUGUA